AAAAAAAAAAAAAGAGGAAACGAGCAUUGAAAGAUUGAUGGGUUUAAUCUCGACGUUCUCCUCGAUUCUUUGACAAAAAUCCAUUUAUUCUUCGGCUCGAUCUCCGCGCCGGAUAACAGUUUCUACGAUGCAAUUCAAAUAUUUUUUCAUCGUUCCGAUUAGACGAGCAACUUUCUUUCAGGAAGAAAGGAAAUGAAGUUAGCGAAGUGUGGAGCCGAGAUAACAUUUAUUUAUCGAACGGAGCAUCGAUAUGGCGAAGUUGAUGGUGAAGGGUGGAAAGGGGGCGCGACAGCGAUGUCGCAGAAUUGGCAAACGCGACACGCUCCAACCUCCAACUUUGCGUUUCACACAGGAAAAUAGUUGGUAACUGGGAAAAAAAUUUCUGAAUCUUCUUCGCGUUUUAUCCGAUCUAUAAAUCAAACUUCAGGGAAACAAGAAAGUUGUCGAAGGAAGGGCAGAAUAGACAUGUCCUCGUUGACGGUGGUUCACGAUUCGCGGUUGAUGUUGUUGGAAUUAAUGGUGCAAAAUUUAUACAUGCCAUGGAAGGAUAUACUGGACGCGACUCUAAUGAAGAAGACGGUGAUAAUGUUUCGAAUGUUGGACAACGAAUGGACAACGUUAAUGCCAAACCGACGCGACUAUCGCUCUUAUCGUGGCUCGAAUUAUCAAAACGAACGUUUCUACGGCGGUAGAUCGGUGGUGUUCGCCUUACCGGAAAGCACACUCGAAAAGAACGUGUCCGGUGUAGAUUUGCAGCUGUACGUAUCCAAGGAGGUAUCCAAGUAUUUCGAAUUAGAACGACGUCAGAACUUUGGAUUCACCCUCGUCAAGAUGGACGGUCUGCUUAACGGUAUUAUAAAGGACCUCCGUGAACGGAACGAGCUGGAAGGUUAUUUUUCCAGUGCUCUCGAGCGAGAACCUAUAUCAAGGUGA